ACUGACCAGUGCUCAUUGGCAUUUUCUAGCACCCUGUCAUCUUACUGACCAUUGCCUUACAAUUACAAUUUAUAAUUGCAAUUUAUAAACUCAUUUUCAACUAGAUGUAUUAUCAUCUUUUAACCACAUGCCUUAGAAGCUAAGUUUUCAAAGGGACUGAGCAUCCAUAGUGGGAUCCAGUUAAAUUAUUCCUAAAAUCAGUACUGAAAACUGGGCCCAGUGGUGCAGAGCAAAUUGAGACUUUUCACAUCUUUGGAAGAGGAAGCACUACAGUUUGUCUCAAGGAUUGAAAAAGUCAGGCAAGAUCCUUACCUGCUUUGCAGAGGUUUUUGUAACAUCCCUGCAAUUGGUGUUCUAGACACUCACUGGAUGACAGAGAUGCCAGUCAGCCUGUUCUGGUAGAAGUUCAGCUCCUGAACUCCUCUUUGGAAUUCCAAGGCUCAUAGUUGAGCUUGCAAUUAGCUGCUGCUUGGAGAGGUUUUAGCUAAUUGGAUGCUGAGGGCAAUGUUGGGGUAAUGAGAUAUCUCUGAAUUCUCAUUAGGCCCCAAAUAAGAAAGGGGAGCAAAUGACAUUCAAGAAAGAACAGAAUAAGAAAAGUUAGGAGUAGUUUUGUAUGAACAAGUAAACAGAAAUCAGAAUUGAAGUUAAUUCAGAUUGGACCAUUAGGUUAAGAAGCAGACCAGUGAAAAAGAAAAAUGUAAUACCUUAAUUAUAAUUUUUUACCUUCUUGUCUGAGUCAAGACUAGAUCCAGGGGCAUGAGACAACCAUCUAAUGUUGAAUGGCUAGGUUAUGAGUAACAACAAAGACAGUUUCUGUGUUUCUAUGACAGAAUUUGUGUUCUCACAAGGAGAUGCAGUAGAAGAUACUCAUCUGUCUUCUGAACUUGGCAUUAUUUUUUUCCCUGGAAAACAGGGCACAAUAUCUAGCUUGUGCCUUCAGGUCCAGGCAAAGCAGCCUGUUCAUGAAAAAUUUUGGACUGAGCCAAGUAAUCAAACCUUCCUCAGCUGUGUCGUCAUGGAAUUUGAGGAUGGUUCAGCUGAUAGCAGAGUCCUGGCUGGGAGCACAGAAAACACAUCCAAACAGACAAUUGCUUUCAGAGAUUUUACAUCUAUAAUUACAAGGUUGAUAUUUCUGAAUUUAAGGCUUGUCUAGGCUGGCUUCUGUUUCAGCUCAAUAUUUACUAUAGCUGGGAAGUGGAAUGGGCAUGCAGCCUACACUGAUUCCCUGAGUCCUGGGAUUGGUAUUAAGUAAUCGGUUACAAAACAAACUCAUCAGAAAAGGGGGAGGCAGCCUCCCUUUGCCAGAUAGCGCUUCUUCACUGGGGAUUUAUCAAUCUAGAGCAUUAAAAAACCCUGGAUAAUAGUGAAUAAAAUCUGGCCUGCAUGGCCUGUGGGGGUGGAUUAAAUUAAACCUAAUGUUGGUGGGGUUUUUUUGCAAUUUUGAAUGCUGUGAUUUUUUUUUUAUAAUUGCCAGGUGUAUGAUUAUUUAUAGUGCACAAGGUACUUUGUAUGCAACAUAGCCACCACACCACGUGCCCGCACAUCUUACAUCUGUCAAAAAUAUAGCAGUAAAUGGUCUAGGCAGCAAUAUUCAGGAGCAAGAGAAAUAGCCAAAAGGAAGCAGGAAAAGGAGGAAUGUCUACUUAAAUUCUUGCUGUGAUGCUAUUUAAAUGCAUUUAUGCAGAACAGGCAAAGUGAUUUCAGAUCAGUUAGGGUGGAUUGGUAUUUUCCUGGAGUUCCUUUUUUAAUACCCUUUUGUGUUUGUUUUCCCAUAUGAGUGUAGGCAGUGCUAUCUGGACCAAAAAGGAAUCCAUGGCACGUGAAAGUUUUCCAUCUUUCAGUUGAAGUGAUAAAGUUCAUGGUUUUGAACCUGAAGAGGUUAGGAGGGUUGAGCAAGCAGAAUGCAGCACGUGAAAAAAGAGAAAGCUAAAAUACAGUGUGGCUGAAUGAAAAAGCUCUGAGAGUGAUUAGUUCAGGACAUCCUGUCUCUCACACUGAAUUACCAGCAAAGGAUGGAAAACAUCCUGGCUAGUUUGUGUGGGACCAGCCCAGAAGAUCCACUCCCCGUGUGGGUUCGUGGCAGCGUUGGCCAUUGCUUUAACCAGCUGACACUAAGUGUGAUUCCUCAUGUGAUCCUUGCAGUGGUCAGUGCCUGCUUCCUUGGCACUCCGAGGUCUGGCUCUGGUGUGCCUUGCAGGCCAAGCUGGGGGUGGAGAAUCGCUACCUCCUUCUUACUUGCUGGCUUGUUCCUUGCUGACACCAUCCCAGCCACCAUUUCCCAGCAGGAGCUGGGCCCUGUGUACCUGGAAGUGCUGGCCAAUGGCACUGCUGCCGUGACAUGGCUGGUGCAUGGCUUCGCUCUUUUCAUGCUCUGCAGGUCCAUUCACGGCUUUACCAGGGGCCCUGCAGCCCUGGCUCUCCUCACCCUCUCACCCCUACCUUCCUUCAUCAUCACACUGGUGUGGUACUGCCAGAGUGGGACAGCUUGGUCCCCUGCCCACCCUGGUGCCUCCUCCAGGUUUGCCAUUCUCUGCCUGCAGCUGGCCUCUCUGCUUGCCUAUGUGGUCAGCUACCUCUUCCCCACUGCUGGCAGGCAACACUUCCUCUCCAUCAAUUACUCCUGGCAGCAAGACCAGCCCAUCUCAGAGCCAGGGAUCCCGGUGCCUGACCCACAGAGAGUGGCAGAAGAUGGUGAGAGCUGGCUCUCACGCUUCUUUUACACCUGGAUGAACCCCAUUAUGGAGCGUGGCUACCAGCAGAAGCUGAACCAGCCACAGGACGUCUAUGUGCUUCCUCACCAGCUCCAGACUGCCAGGGUCUGUGACCGGUUCUACUCUUGCUGGCAGAAGAAAGCAGCUCUUCAGCAAGCAGAGGAGGAGACAGUGUCUCUUACUAGCCCAGUCAUUGCUGGAAGUGAAGGGAGUAGUGAUGCUCCAGACAGCCCACACCACGCCCAGGAAGCUGUGCGCUUCUUGUCAGUCCUUCAUGCGGCCUUUGGGCUUCGUUUCUACACCCUUGGACUUCUCAAGCUGGCUGACAGUCUGCUGGAUUUUUCAGGUCCUCUGCUUCUGAACUUGCUGGUGAACUUCAUGGAGUCACGUCAGGAGCCCCUGAGCCAUGGGAUUCUGUAUGCCCUUGGGCUCUUUGCUGGCUCCUUCCUGGGCGCUCUCUUGCGGAGCCAGUUCAGGUACGAGAUGAACAAGAUGGCGCUGAUGGUGCGGGCCGCCGUCAUCUCUGCCAUCUACCGCAAGGCUCUGCGUGUCAGCAGCACCAGCCUUGCCCGCUUCACUGUGGGGGAAAUUGUCAACUUCAUGAGCACAGACACCGAUAGGUUGAUCAACUUCUGCCAAAGCUUCCACGAGUUGUGGAGCCUGCCUGUCCAGCUUGCCAUUACCCUCUAUCUCCUCUACCAGCAAGUGGGGGUAGCCUUUCUGGGAGGUGUGGCCCUGGCACUGCUGCUCGUGCCCAUCAACAAGAUCAUAGCUAACCGCAUCAUGGUGAACAACGAGAAGAUGCUGAAACACAAGGACACACGAGUCAAGCUAAUGACAGAGUUUCUAUGUGGCAUUCGUGUGAUCAAGUUUUACGCCUGGGAGAAGCACUUCAGCACCAGAAUAAAAUCCUGCCGGGUUAAAGAGCUGCAGAAGUUACGGGCCGUCAGUUACCUGGAUGCUUUGUGUGUGUACAUGUGGGCAGCACUCCCUGUUGUUGUUUCCAUUGCCAUCUUUGUCACCUAUGUCCUGUUGGGUCACCAGCUCACUGCCACGAAGGUGUUCACAGCAUUGGCCCUUGUUGGGAUGCUUAUUCUACCCCUCAACUGCUUCCCAUGGGUGUUGAAUGCGAUUUUGGAGGCCAAAGUUUCCCUGGAUCGAAUCCAGCAAUUCUUUGAACUCAUGGACCAGGACCUGGAAGCUUAUUAUGCCCUAGAUAGCCCUUCAGAUACUGCUACUGCCAUGGAGAUGCAAUGUGCAGCCUUCUCAUGGGUGCCAGUUGAGGACAAAAGCACCAGGCAGCCCUCAUCCUCAGGCACUCUGCAACUGCACAUCGAGAACCUGUCAGUGAGAAAGGGAAUGCUCCUGGGGGUUGUUGGGAAGGUUGGCUCUGGCAAAAGCUCUCUGCUUGCAGCCAUCACUGGAGAGCUCAUUAAACAAGGUGGACGAGUGUAUGUUUGUGACCUGGAGCAAGGAUUUGGUCUGGCCACACAGGAGCCUUGGAUACAGUUUACCACUGUCCGCAAAAACAUCCUUUUUGGGCGGGAAUAUGAUGCCAGACUGUAUGAGGAGGUGCUGGAGGCCUGUGCCCUCUCCGAGGACCUAAAUAUUUUACCAGCAAGUGACCAGACAGAGGUGGGUGAAAAUGGUGUGACACUCAGUGGGGGACAGAAGGCUCGAAUAGCCCUUGCCAGAGCCAUUUACCAGGAGAAAGAACUUUACCUCCUUGAUGAUCCCCUGGCUGCUGUUGAUGCAGAUGUAGCCAACCAUAUUAUGCGGAAAUGCAUUUUCGGAGUUCUCAAACAUAAGACCAGGGUCCUUUGCACUCACAGGACAGAGUUUUUGGAGAAGGCUGAUGCCUUGUUGCUGAUGGACAAUGGCAGGAUAGUUAAGACAGGCACACCAGCUGAUAUCCUGCCACUUGUUGAAGCCUUCCCCAAGUUCAAGGAUACCGACAAGGAGCAUAAGGAUAAAGCCCCUAAUGAACAGGAACAGGAAGAGGCCAUAAAGACAGAAGCAGAAGAACCAACCCAAAACAAUAAUCUCAUCCACAAGGAGGAAGAGAAGAAGGAAGGGGCAGUGGCUUUUCAGGUGUACAAGGCCUAUUGGAUGGCAAUGGGCAGCUGCUUGGCAAUAUCAAUCCUCUUCUCACUGUUCCUGAUGCAAGCAUCCAGAAAUAUCUCAGAUUGGUGGCUGUCAUACUGGAUCUCCAGCAUAUCCCAGACAGCAAAUACCUCUGUGAUGGCCUGCUCAGCUUCCCUGCCUUCUCCAGAGCUGCUUCUCUUCUCCACUGCUGGGCUUGUUUCCCCCAUUCAAGAUCUGGACAAGACCCCAGGCCCUCCCAAUGGCUCAGUGGACGUGAAUUUCUACCUGAUAGUUUAUGGGAGCAUUGCAGGGGCCAAUUCUCUCUUCACCAUUAUUCGGGCGUUCCUCUUUGCUUAUGGUGCUCUCCGUGCUGCCGCUGUCAUUCACGAUCGACUGCUCCAAAGGGUUCUAAAGGCCACAGUCACCUUCUUUGACACCACACCAACAGGCCGGGUCCUGAACCGCUUCUCCUCAGACCUGUACUGUGUGGAUGACAGCCUGCCAUUUAUCCUCAACAUCUUCCUAGCCAACAUCUACGGGCUCUUGGGCAUGCUGCUGAUAAUGACCUAUGGCCUCCCUUGGAUUGGUCUGGUCUUGCUCCCUCUGGCUGUAGUCUACUUCUUCAUUCAGCGCUAUUACCGAUUCACAUCCCGGGAGCUCAAGCGCCUCUGCAGUGUCACCCUGUCUCCCAUUUACAGCCACUUCUCAGAGACCCUCUCAGGACUGAGCACUAUCAGAGCCAUGCGGGCAACGAAGAGGUUUGAGUUGGAGAAUCAGCUGCGUCUGGAGCAGAACCAGCGCUGUCUCUUUGCCAGCAACACAGUGAUGGAGUGGCUGGACAUCCGCUUGCAGAUGAUUGGGGUUGCUGUGGUUACUGCUAUUGCAGGGAUUGCCAUCAUCCAGCACCAGAAGCAGCUGGGAAAUCCAGGACUUGUGGGCCUGGCACUCUCAUACGCCCUGUCUGUCACAAACCUGCUCUCAGGCCUCAUAGCCAGUUUCACUCACACAGAGAUGCUGAUGGUGAGUGUGGAGAGGACAGAGGAGUACACCACAGACAUCCCCAUGGAGCCCCAGGAUAAAUUGGUCCAGGUUUCUGCUGACUGGCCAAGUGAGGGGCUUGUGGAGUUCCAGCAAGUGGUCCUGGCAUACAGAGCAGGCUUGCCUAAUGCACUUGAUGGCGUGAGCUUCACUGUUUACCCUGGAGAGAAGCUGGGCAUUGUGGGUCGCACAGGAUCUGGGAAAUCCACCCUUUUCUUGGCCCUUUUCCGUAUGGUGGAGAUGAAAUCAGGCCUGAUUCUCCUCGAUGGUGUUGACAGCCAGCUGGUGGGCUUGGAGGAGCUGAGAUCUAGGCUGGCCAUCAUCCCGCAGGAUCCAUUUUUGUUCAGUGGCUCAAUCAGAGAAAACCUGGACCCCCAGGGAAAGCGGACGGAUGCUGAGCUCCGUGAGGUGCUGGAGCAGUGCCACCUGUGGGAUGCUGUUACUCAGAUGGGUGGACUGGACAGUGAGCUGGGAGAGAGGGGAAAGAGUCUGUCUGUGGGACAGAGGCAGCUGGUGUGUCUGGCCAGAGCCCUCCUGACACAGGCCAAGGUGCUGUGCAUCGAUGAGGCCACAGCCAGUGUGGAUCAGAAGACAGACCAGCUGCUGCAGCAGACCAUCCGCCAGCGCUUCGCUGACAAAACUGUUUUGACAAUUGCUCACAGGCUGAACACCAUCCUGGACUCGGACCGCGUGCUGGUGAUGCAAGCUGGGAGAGUGGCAGAGCUGGAUUCGCCCGCCCGCCUAAGCCAGAAAGAUGGCUCCUUGUUCCAGCACCUCCUGCACAGCAGGCAGCAAUGAUCUCCCUCCUGGGCUCAGCCCAGGCAGCCCAUCAGCUGGGUGCCUGGCUUUCCUCUCACCUCAGACACCAGCUCUGUCCCUGCAGGGCCUGCUGAGGUGAGGGAGGGGCUUAUUCCUGUCUGCAGGCAGCAGCUGUGUGUCCUCAGGGAUGGACUGGAGUGUGGCAUUGUGGCCUUUCCUUUAAUAGGGAAGAUGUGACCUGCUGUUUAGAGUUAUGCAAGCCUGGUUGGUGGGAUCCUGCUCCCCUCCAAGACUUCCCUUUGAGAUUACAGAGGGAUUUUCUACUCACUGAAGAAUCAGUAACUCCUACUUUGAGACUUACUCUGACAUACACAAUGUAAAAUAAAGUGGAAAUAUCCUUGUGAA